AUGUUCAGACAAGCUAUCAGAAAGGUUCACACUCCUACCUUUUACAAGGGAUUGAGAAGCUAUGCUUCUGACAACAAGAUCUCAGGACAAGUCAUCGGUAUCGAUCUUGGUACUACCAACUCUUGUGUCGCCGUUAUGGAGGGUGGUGAUGCUCGUGUUCUUGAGAACGCUGAGGGUGGUCGUACUACCCCAUCCGUCGUCGCCUUCACUGACGACGGCCAGAGAAUCGUUGGUCUCCCAGCCAAGAGACAGAUGGUCACCAACGCUGCCAACACAUUGUUUGCUACCAAGCGUCUGAUUGGUCGUCGUUUCGAUGACCCAAUGACCAAGAAGGAUAUGACAAUGGUGCCAUACAAGAUUGUUAGAGGACCAAACGGAGAUGCCUGGAUGGAGGUUAAGGGCAAGCAGAUUUCACCAUCUGAGGCUGGUGCUAUGGUGCUCACCAAGAUGAAGGAGACCGCCGAGACCAACUUGGGCGCCACCGUCAAGGAUGCCGUCAUCACCGUGCCCGCCUACUUUGACGACGCUCAGCGUCAAGCCACCAGAGAUGCCGGUACCAUCGCCGGUCUGAACGUCAGCCGUAUCAUCAACGAGCCAACCGCCGCCGCCCUCGCCUACGGUUUCAAGCAGGACGAGCCAAAGACUGUCGCCGUGUACGAUCUCGGUGGUGGUACGUUCGAUAUCUCCAUUCUGGAGAUUGUUGAUGGUGUGUUUGAGGUCAGAGCCACCAACGGAGACACCUUCCUCGGAGGUGAGGAUUUCGAUGUCGAGCUGCUCAACUACUUGAUCAGCGAGUUCAAGAAGGAGAAGAACGUCGAUCUCUCCUCAGACAACAUGGCCGUUCAGCGUCUGCGUGAGGCCGCCGAGAAGGCCAAGUGCGAGCUGUCCUCCACCCUCCAGACAGAGAUCAACUUGCCAUUCAUUUCCGCCACCGCCGCUGGCCCACUCCAUUUCAACAUGAAGCUGACCCGUUCCAAGUUUGAGCAGUUGGUCGGCAACUUGAUCAACAAGACCGUCGAGCCAUGCAAGAUCUGUUUGAAGGACGCUGGUAUGUCACCAAAGGACAUCAACGAGGUUAUCCUCGUCGGAGGUAUGACCCGUGUGCCCAAGGUGCAAGAGGUCGCCAAGAACCUGUUCAACAAGGAGCCAUUCAAGGGAGUCAACCCAGAUGAGGCCGUCGCCGUCGGUGCCGCCAUCCAGGGAUCCGUGCUCAAGGGAGACGCCAAGGGAAUCGUCUUGGUCGAUGUCACCCCACUCUCACUCGGUAUCGAGACCUACGGAGGUGUGUUCACUCGUCUGAUCAAGAAGAACACCAACAUCCCAGCAUCAAAGACCGACGUCUUCUCCACCGCUCAGGACGGUCAACAGGAGGUCGAGAUCAAGGUGUUCCAGGGAGAGAGAGAGAUGGCCGCCGACAACAAGCAGCUGGCCAGAUUCACCCUGUUCGGUUUGCCACCCUUGCCAAAGGGAGUUCCACAGAUUGAGGUCACCUUUGACAUUGAUGUCAACGGUAUGCUCCAGGUCGUCGCCAAGGACAAGGCCACCGGAAAGGCCCAACAGGUCCGUGUCCAGGCCUCAGGAGGUCUCAGCAAGGACGACGUCGCUAGAAUCAUCAAGGAGUCCGAGCAAAACGCCGAGGCUGACAAGAAGAGAAGAGAGUUGGUUGAGGCCAAGAACUCUGGUGAGGCCCAGCUGUACCAGGUCGAGAAGGAUCUGGUCGACUUUAAGGACUAUUUGAACGCACAGCAGGCUGAGGAGAUCAAGAAGGCUCUCGCCCAGCUCAAGGAGGUCGUCUCCAAGGAGGACAUUGGCGCCAUCGAGGCUGAGGUCAAGAAGGUUCGCGAUCUCACCACCGCCACCUUUGAGACUGCCUACAAGGCCAAGGUUUCCGCUCAACAACAAUCAUCCAACACCAACAACACCAACAACACCAACCAAAGCAACGAUUCAAACACCACCGAGGCUGAGUUCACCGAGAAGAAAUAA